AUGCUUGACGACCAAUCGAUGCGGGCGAGUCUACAAGUUGCGCCCCUUGCCCUACAGAGGGUUCGAUCCGGAUCCUUGAGUGAUGGACAAGACGACCAUGCGCACGACGAGGUUCAAUCGACGACAGACUCGCAGGCCAGCUCGCAUAUAACGCCGCCGAUGACUCCCAAUGGCUCCCAAGACGAAGACGACGACGACGAUGUCGCACAACAGUGUGCGCCGCACCCGGUUUUUCAUAACUUCUUAAGGGCCUUUUACCCAUUUCAUCCAAGUUAUAUUGCGACGGACUCGACGGUCACUCUGCCGCUGAACGAGGGUGAUGUGGUUUUGGUGCACUCGAUACACACGAAUGGAUGGGCUGACGGCACAUUGUUGAUAUCUGGCGCUCGCGGUUGGCUACCUACGAAUUACUGCGAGGCAUAUGACCCGGAGGAAAUGAGGAAUCUUCUGUCUGCGUUGCUGAAUUUCUGGGACUUAUUACGAAGCACGACGACGAACGAGCGAGAUAUCUUUGGGAACCAAGAGUUCAUGAAAGGGAUCAUUGCAGGUGUUCGCUACCUCCUGGUAUGGAUUAUACCCUCCCCUUCUAGAGUUGCUACUGAACAUAUCUCGCAGGAGUGCACGAAUUGCUUGACGCGGGAAUCGCCAAUUAUACAACGUAACGAUGGCCUCCGACGAGGCCGCAAAUCGUUGCUUUCGGAGUUAUCCAUGCUUGUCAAAACCGCCAAAAGAUUACAGGAGGCUCUCAAAAAUGGCCCACCGGUUGAGGAGGAUGUCAAUGAUAUCAUUGAUGAGAUGAUACUUAAAGCCUUUAAGAUCGUUGUCAAGGGGGUACGCUUUCUCGACUUGCAAGAAGAGGAUCGACGGCAACGCGCACCUGCGGCUGUAACAGUUAUGGCAACCGUUGUUGAAGAAUCUUACAUCCCGCCAACCCCACCAGCUGACUCGUCAGCCUUCGAGCACGAGCAAAACAGCGAAGCAGAUGCGGGAUCCCGCGCGGCCGAAGAGGGAACAGCCGCCGAUUUGCUGCCAUCGGAACCAAGCGAGGGCGCGCAAACAAACGCACCGGCCACUAAUCGUGUCUCUUUCGUUUGUUCGCCAUCAAACACGACAAGUCAUCGCAUGUCUCAGGCCAAUCAACCUCGCGGCAAUCGAUUGUCGGCAACUAUAUCACACAGGGUGUCUAUGGCCGGCGCUUCGUCAUCAAGUCAACCACAAAAUCUUGUCUCAUCGCGGUUGAGCUCCAGCCAUGACACCCUGUUAUCAUACCUUGGUUCUUUUAUCGGUCGGCUGCAACUGCAGUCCCAGUCGAGGUCAGAAUUAGCAUUGGCCAUCAAACAGUCCGCCACCCUGGGCGGGGAUCUCCUUGCCGUGGUAGACACAGUUUGCAGGCACAAUCCCUUUGGCUCCGAGUCACUAGACCAAGCUCGCGCUGUUAUGUACGACCGAAUUCGAGACCUGGUCUACUCCGCGCGGGACAUCCUGAGUACCGUGGAGCCCGACAUUGAGGACAUGAUUAUGCUGCAAGACAACAGCCAACUCCUGCAAGCUGCAAUGGGGUGUGUUCAAGCAGCGGGUGGCUGUGUUGAGAAGACAAAGUGGGUGAUUGAGAGGAUAGGUGAUUUCGAAUUUGAAUUGGAGAAUGGAUCUCUUGGGAUUGAUUUCGAGGUGCUCGACAAGGUUUCAGGGAGUCGACCAAGCACGCCUGAGAAAGUGAGCGGACCAGGCAUCAAGUCACCCGAGACAUCCCCUACGCCAGUUCAACCACGACAUCUCUCUUUGGAUAAGCCGUUGCCCGACGUGCCUGACGCCGAGGCUUCAGAGAGAAAGGAAGCGGAGCACUCCUCAGAGCCAGGAUCACGCCCACAGUCUGGCCAGAUUGAUGAUACUGCUUCCAGCGUGGCAUCAUCGGUGGCAUCGCUGCGGCCCGCACCACCGCCGUUACCCAGAUUGACAACCACGCUCCUCCGCGAUGACUCUUACAGUCCAACCACUGAGCAUUCACAUGACAGCGAAUACCAGGGCUCCUUCCGUUCCGAAACGUCAACGGCAUCCAGUUCCGGUACCAACAUCACAUACCCUAGCAGAGACUCGGAGUCGAGCAUCGUCUCUCAGACAUCCACGAGGGCAACAACACCGGACCAGGCAAUAGCUCCAAAGAACCAGCCGUCACUAUCAGACUUGAGCACUGCGGGAAGCGUCAGCACUUCGGACGAAGUCGACGACGUAGAGUCCAGGCUACUUGAGAAGACUUAUGCUCAUGAGCUUAUCUUCAACAAGGAGGGCCAGGUUACUGGAGGUUCACUACCUGCCUUGGUUGAGCGUCUGACAACUCACGAGUCAACUCCAGAUGCAGUGUUCGUUUCCGCCUUCUACUUGACCUUCAGAUUAUUCUGCACGCCUACCAAGCUGGCUGAGGCCCUGGCCGAACGGUUCGACUACGUUGGUGAAGCCCCUCAUAUGGCCAGUCCUGUGCGAUUGAGGGUUUACAAUGUGAUGAAAGGAUGGCUCGAAUCACACUGGCGUGAGUCGACUGACCAUGAGGCUCUCCCAACCAUUCGUCAUUUCGCAGAAUUCAAGCUUGGAUCCUUGCUCCCGUCGGCGGGCAAGCGACUUGCAGAACUCGCUGAUCGAGUCUCAUCAACCGAUGGAUCCUUGGUCCCUCGCCUUGUCUCGUCCAUGAGUAAAUCCGGCACAUCAAUCUCUCAGUUUGUUCCAGCUGAGACGCCCCUGCCCAAUCCACUUUUGUCCAAGAGCCAGCAGCACUUGCUUCAGAACUGGAAGUCUGGCGGGAGCAUGCCCUCUGUUCUUGACUUUGAUCCUCUGGAGAUAGCGCGACAGUUGACGCUGAAGCAAAUGAACGUCUUUUGCUCUAUUCUACCAGAGGAACUGCUUGGCUCGCAGUGGAUGAAGAAAGGAGGCAUGGAGUCUCCUAACGUAAAGGCAAUGUCCGGUUUCUCGACGGACUUGUCAAAUCUGGUUGCCGAUACUAUCCUGCAGUAUCCCGAUGUCAAGAAACGAGCAGCGACCAUCAAGCAAUGGAUCAAGAUUGCCCACCAGUGCCUUCUGCUCAACAACUACGAUGGCCUCAUGGCAAUCAUUUGUAGCCUGAACAGCUCCAUCAUCAGCCGCCUUCGGAAGACGUGGGAGGUGGUGAGCGUAAAGAGGCGCGAGAUGCUCAAGACGUUACAAGCCAUUGUUGAGCCGUCGAAUAACAACAAGGUGCUUCGUGCUCGUCUGCAAGGCCAUGUACCACCGUGUCUGCCCUUCCUGGGUAUGUUUCUGACAGACUUGACAUUCGUCGACAUAGGAAACCCUGCGACGAAGCAGCUUCCUGGGUCUUCGGAAGAUCAGGGAUUGACAGUCGUCAACUUUGAUAAGCACAGCCGUACAGCCAAGAUCAUCGGGGAACUGCAGCGAUUCCAGAUUCCCUAUCGGUUGACCGAGGUCCCCGACCUCCAGGAAUGGAUGCAAGCUCAAAUCGAUCGAGUCAAAGAAUCGGACAAGGGGAAUGUACAGGUCAGCUACUACCGCAAGAGUCUGCUGCUUGAGCCGCGCGAGAAUGCCGCCCGUACUCCCAUCGAAGGCCCGGCAGCCAAUGCUGGCGCCCACCAAAAGGCCGACCUUCUGUCCUGGAUCUCGAGGGAUCGAGGCAACCACAACAACACACCCGUGCCAAUUUGA